AUGUGUCGGUUAGUAUCACUUAUUUUUUUGGUGUCUCUUCAUCUUUGCAAUUCACAAAUUCCGUCAUCUCCAUAUGGAAAAACGAGUGAUAUUUGUCCGAAAGCGAAUAAUAAUGAAUAUUAUGUCAAUGGAUACAAAGGAACGCCAUAUAUCUUGAAACCAUUUCAGAAUAAUUUUGUAAAUCCAUCGAUUCUUUCUCCAUCAUCUAAAGUAUGUCGUUCAGAUGGACAUUGCAUGUUUUCUUAUACAAUUGAUGUUAUUGAUGCCACAGUAAGACCCUUUGAUCAAAGUGUGCCUUCAUGUGCAAAUAAACCAGCAACAAAAUUUUUAACUUAUAAUAAGCAAAUACCAGGGCCAUCAAUCCGUGUUCCUUCAGGACAUGAAUCUAUUAUAAGGUUCAACAAUAAAAUUGGUAACUUAUUCCCAGAAACUUUUAGUCCCUGUACUGGAAAUAGAACAGGCAGACCGUUUAGUGUUCAUCUUCAUGGUUCAGCAAGUCUUCCGCCAUAUGAUGGAUGGGCUGAAGAUGAGACUUGCUAUGGUGAGUCAAAAGACUAUGUAUAUCCAAAUAAUCGUCCAGCAUACUGUUGGUAUCAUGAUCAUGCACUUCAUAUCACAGCUGAAAAUGCUUAUCUUGGUCUUGCUGGUUUGUAUUUGAUAAGUUCAAAAAAAAAAGAUGGUGGGUGUGGUGAACCAUGGAAUUUAGAAGAUAUUGAAGAAAAACAUAUUAUUCUACAAGAUAAAGUACUCGAUGCUAACUGUCAAUUAUUUAUUGAUCCAUUGAACAUACAUGAAACAAAUCUAUAUGGUGAUAUUAAUAUGAUGUCUGGAAUACCGUUCCCUUUAAUGGCUCUUGAACCAAAAUGGUAUCGUUUUAAAUUCGUAAAUUCUGCAGUAUCUCGCCCAUAUUUGUUAAAAAUAAAAAAUAGUACACUUCAGGAUGUUUCACAAAAUAUAUGCAAAAUUAUUGCAACUGAAGGAGGGUAUAGAGAUACACCUGUACUAUUUCCUACAGCAGGAUUAUUAAUCGGUAUUGCUGAAAGAUAUGAGGUUGUAUGUGAUUUUACAAAGUUAAAAGGUCAAACGCUAUUUAUUUGGAACCAUAAAGAUGAUGUUUUCAUGAAAGAUGUACCAUACUUUUGUUAUAGUCAUUUAAUUGCAAAAGUUCAAAUAUCUAAAAUAACUCCUGUUCCAUCGCCGGAAUUUCAAGAAAACAUUUCUACUCCAGAACCAGCGAAGCCAAUAAAACGAGUGUUAAAUAGUUCGCAUAUUAACACAGCAAUUCAAAUGGCAAAUAAUGGUCAAUUUCAUAGAAGAAUGGUUUUUGGUAGAAGCAAUGGACACUGGGUAAUUAAUGGUGAAACUUGGGACACAUUCAAAAUUGCUGCUGAAAAUAUUGGACAAAAUACAUGGGAACUUUGGUUAUUUGAAACCGGUGGUGGAUGGUUUCAUCCUGUACAUAUGCAUCUUGUUGAUUUUUAUAUUAUUAAACGUGAUGGUGACGGUGGAUUAAGGAGUUAUGAGAAUUUUUCACCAAAAGAUGUAUUAUUUUUAGGUGAAGGAAAUAAACUUUGGGUAAUAGCAAGAUUUGGUGCUCAUAAAGGUGAUUACAUGUUUCAUUGUCAUAAUCUUAUUCAUGAAGAUAAUGAUAUGAUGAGAGCAAUGCGUAUUAUUGAUAGUCAAAAUGGACUCACUGCUUCAACAGCAGAACCAUUUAUUUAUAAUGAUUUUGCAAAUGUUAUUUACAGCAAUUGGAACUAUAAUAACCCAAUGUUGAAUGACACUUGUGCAAAACCCACAUACAAAAUGCCAUUAUUUGACUCAACUUAUAUCAACAACAUGUUGAAUAAUAAUGUUUAUAGAAUUUUCUAUCCAACUCCUAAUAGUACUUUAAAUGGUUUCACAAAUCCUUGGAAAUCUGAUUGGUGUGCAACAUAA